AUGUCUACGACUCACAGUGGCAAUGUAUGGCUCGCUGUUAUUGCAGCCUCUGCACUUUCGGCUGGUUUGGUGGAUGCCUACUAUCGAUUCUAUGCAAAUAGCCUGAUCUCAUCGGAUUCAGACCGAUUGGAAACCAAGACGGACUAUUCCGAGGAGUUGAUUCAAGAACAGUUGGCUCGUAACUAUGCUUUUUUGUCUGAGCAGGGCAUGGACAACGUCAGAAACCAAAGAAUUGUCAUCGUUGGUGCUGGGGGAGUCGGUUCAUGGGUUGCGACUAUGUUAACCAGAUCUGGAGUGGGCCACUUGAGGAUUAUUGAUUUUGAUCAGGUAUCUUUGAGCUCAUUGAACAGACAUGCAGUGGCUAAUUUGAAAGAUGUUGGUACAUCUAAGGUGGAGUCCUUGAGAAACCACUUGUUAAAGAUUGCACCUUGGGUUCAUAUUGAUGUCAAGAACCAGCUAUGGAACCUUGAAAGUGCGCAAGAUUUGAUCUUUGGCGAUGAUUUCAAGCCUACUUAUAUUGUGGAUUGUAUCGACAACAUUGACACCAAAGUCGAUUUGUUGGCGUUCUGCUAUGAAAACAAAUUGCAAGUUAUUUCGUCUGGUGGAGCUGCUUGUAAAUCCGAUCCUACCAGAAUUAACAUCAGUGAUAUCUCCAAAACUGAAGAAGAUCCUCUCUCUCGUUCGGUCAGAAUCAGAUUGAAGAAGAAGGGAAUUCUCACCAACAUCCCCGUUGUCUUUUCAGCAGAGAAACCAGACCCCAGAAAGGCUCAGCUAUUGCCGUUGGCUGACGAAGAGUUGGAAAAAGGUGCUGUAGACGAACUUUCAGCUCUCAAGAACUUCCGUGUCCGUAUCUUGCCAGUUUUGGGAACAGUUCCAGGUAUGUUUGGACUUACUAUCGCUACUUACAUCAUCACGUCUAUUGCAGGAUAUCCUAUUGAACCUAUAGAGGGAAAGAACAGAUACAAGAUCUACGAUGGGAUCCUCCAGUCCUUAGCUGGGCAGCAGUCUAGAAUUGGAAAAGAAGACCAAAGAGUACCCAUAGCGUUGAACGACGUUCCUUACAUCUUGGAAGAAGUGUACCAUGGCAAGUCUCCCAUCUCAAACUACUCUACCAGAUUAACGAUGUCCAGAUGGGAUCCUGAGCAAGAGUUGUCGUUUCAGAAUGUAGUGGUCAUGACAAAAGACGAACAGAAGAAUCAUGAAGAGAAAGUCUUGAAGGGAGGUCAGAAGUUGGAGGAUGUGUACUCGGCUGAGGUGUUGGAGAGAGUGAGAGUGAGAUUUGCCGAGGAGAAGUAUUAUUCUCAAUUCCAUUAG